GUUGCAGCCCGUGCCCUUGUGAGGCUGGCAUGCAGGAUGGCAGGACAGCCCAGCCACAUGCCCCAUGGAGGGAGCCCGAACAACCUCUGCCACACCCCGGGGCCCGCGCACCUUCCUGACCCACAGAGACACCCCAGCACCCUGUCUUUUCGCUGCUCGCUGGCGGACUUCCAGAUCGAGAAGAAGAUAGGCCGAGGACAGUUCAGCGAGGUGUACAAAGCCACCUGCCUGCUGGACAGGAAGACGGUGGCUCUGAAGAAGGUGCAGAUCUUUGAGAUGAUGGACGCCAAGGCGAGGCAGGACUGUGUCAAGGAGAUCGGCCUCCUGAAGCAACUGAACCAUCCAAACAUCAUCAAGUACCUGGACUCGUUCAUCGAAGACAACGAGCUGAACAUCGUGCUGGAGCUAGCCGACGCGGGCGACCUCUCGCAGAUGAUCAAGUACUUUAAGAAGCAGAAGCGGCUCAUCCCCGAGAGGACGGUGUGGAAGUACUUCGUGCAGCUGUGCAGCGCCGUGGAGCACAUGCACUCGCGUCGGGUGAUGCACCGAGACAUCAAGCCUGCCAACGUGUUCAUCACGGCCACAGGCAUCGUGAAGCUUGGUGACCUCGGUCUGGGCCGCUUCUUCAGCUCUGAGACCACUGCAGCCCACUCCCUAGUGGGGACGCCGUACUACAUGUCGCCGGAGAGGAUCCACGAGAACGGCUACAACUUCAAGUCCGACAUCUGGUCCCUGGGCUGUUUGUUGUACGAGAUGGCAGCUCUCCAGAGCCCCUUCUAUGGGGAUAAGAUGAACCUCUUCUCCCUCUGCCAGAAGAUCGAGCAGUGCGACUACCCACCUCUCCCUGGAGAGCACUACUCGGAGAAGUUAACCCUCAAUGGUCUACACUGUCGUCCCUGACCAGAUGACAGUUUAGCCCUCCAGAGAGCACCACUGGGCGUCCUGGGCAGGUGCUUCCUGACACUCACCUGGCUGCCUACAGCAAACCCGCUGACCAAGCCUCCCUGCGAUGACCCCAGGCUGGGCCGCUGCUCUGCUGCCGUGCGUGGGCUCGGUUCUACUGUGACACUGUCAGCUCGGGGGACUCUCCAGAUGCUCUCCAGAUGCAGCCUUUCCUCUGUACUUGUUCUCCAUGUUUGAAAUAAAACAGGGUGAGAGGAGUUACUUCUGUGCAAGGGUACAAGUCAUGAAUGAUUUUAAAACAGCUUUGGAGAUUUUGCUCUUAAACCAGUAGAUACAAAAUUUAAAAGUGUCAGCAGCACAAAUUCUUGAAUCGCCUUUCAAAACAACUUCCCAGGCCCCAGACAUUGAGUAAUCUGGGGAUUAUUUCUUAAGCUCUCCAAAUAAUUUUGAUAAUCAUCAGCCCAGUUUCUGCCCUCAACAAUUCUGUUGUUCUCCCCAGCUCACUCCUGCCAGUUGUGACGAGGGAAGCUGGCCUGAGAGUGGGCGCACCCCCGAAUGGCCUGUGUGGGCGAG